AUGAGCACGACGGGCCUCGACCCCGCGGACGAGGAGGAGCUCCUCCUCAUCAUCUCCGGCCUCGGCCUCGCCAACGGCGGCGACGGGGGCGAUGAGUACAUGAUCGGCGCCGAGGCGAGCGAGUGCCUGAGCGACAUGCAGCGAUACCUGCGGCGCGACGACCCGCACGUGAUGGCGUGCCACCGCGCGCUGGGCCAGUGGCGCGUGCUGCAGACCCACCUCCUCCCCAUCCUGCGCGCCAACGGCACCGACCCGCAGCUCGUCUUUUCGGCGCUCAAGGUCGUCGUCAAGCUGACGAUGAAGCCGGAGCAGCUCGGCAUCCGGAUGGAGGACAUGCUGAAGGAGCGCAAGUCGCCGGACCCGAUCGUCGGCGCCCACCUCGACGAGCUCAAGACCUACCACCGCGCGUACACAAAGGCAUUCGCCGACGACGCGGCGAACCUGCGCGCGCUGGUCGCACUCAUCGCCCGCCCGCUCGCCACUGAGGAGGAGGAGAGGCCCGAGGAGGACCAGAUGAUCAUCGAGCUCGUCGUCGCCCUCCUCGUCAACCUGCUCCACACCCGCGCGCCCGACGCGCCUCCGCCUCCCCCGGGCGCCGCGCAGGCGGCCGCUGCGGCGGACGUCGAGACUCUCCGGCGCCUGCUCACCACUCUCGAGGCGGAGCACGGGCUCGAGCUGGAGCACAUCCUCGGCCGGCAGGGCUUCGGCACGGGCGGGCUGCCACAGCCGGCGCGGCGGCGCAAGGCCAAGAACCGGCUGCCGCUGUCGGCCGAGGUGUCGCUCCGGCCGCACGCCGCGACCGAGCGCACGACGAAGGAGUUCGUGGCGACGCUGUUCAAGGGCCCGCUCAACACGCUCGCGGGGUCGGUGCUGCAGGACCUGGAGGGCUUCGCCUUCGGCUCGACGCAAAACAACUCGGCCAAGGUGCUGCCGUCGGACCACCUUCUCUUCGCCUCCGUCGCAGCCUGGGUGGUCGAGGCGCACAGGCUGCAGCAGGCUGAGGCGCGCCGCAGCGACGCCGACGCGGCGUACGACGUCGGCCCGAUCGCGUCGCUGGCGCAGGUCAUCCGGCGGUACAUUGCGCUGCUUCGCCACUUUGCGACGCUGCCGCCCGAGGUGGCCCACGCGGCGUGCAUGUUCCUCUCGCGGCUCGUCAAGCAGUGCGGCCUCGAGGCGAUGCUGUUUGAGCUGCAGCAUCUCGCGGUGUACGACGACGUACUGCAGAGCCCCGCGUCCAAGCUGCCGCAGCACAGGGAGGUGCGGGGCACGUGCGCCUUCGCCGCGAAGCGCUUCCUCGAGGUCGCGAGCCGCAACCCCGCCCUCUUCGUCGAGGCGCUCUUCCACAUCCGGCCGAGCGACUGCGAGCAGAUCGUCGAGGGAGGCUACGUGCAGCGCGAGGGGAGGGGCGACAAGCGGCCUCUGCCGGAGGAGGAGGCGGCCGCGGACGCCUUCGACGAGGCUGCCGCUGUCUCCGACGCCGACGGCGCCGACGGCGCUGCCGCGGCUGACUCGGGCUCUGCGCGCCGCAAGGCGCCGCGCCGGGCGGCGUGGAAGGAGAAGGAGGACGCGCUGCUGCGGUACUGGCACCCGCGCUACGUGGGCACCACCCCCGACUGGCACCACGCUGUCGCCGGACACCUCGCGCCGCGAAGCGCCAACGAGGUGCUCCACCGCGCCAAGAAGCUCCGCCUCUCCCCGGACGACGCUCCCGACUCGGGAUCGGAGCCGUCCGCGCCGUCGCUGCCGCCGUCGCUGCCGCCAUCUCUGCCGCCUUCGGACGACGAGGCUUCGGCACCUCCCUCGCUGCCGCCCUCGCUGCCUCCCUCGCUGCCUCCCUCGCUGCCGCCCUCGCUGCCGCCCUCGCUGCCGCCCUCGCUGCCGCCCUCGCUCCCGCCUUCGGACGACGAGGCUUCCUCCGACGAGGACGCUGCGAUCGGCGCGGCACUGCCGGCCGCUAAGCGAGAGCUGGACGAUGGCGAGCUGCCCCUCUCUCCGGCCGGCGCACCCGCGACCGCAGGAGCGACGGCCGCCGCCACGGCGGCGCCCGCCUGGGACGCCUCCGACGCGGAGAUGGAGGAGGCGCAGACCAUGGCGUACGCACCCGCGACCGAGGCUGCCGCCGCCGGAGGUGCAACCGCGGGCACGGCGGCGGAGGCGGCGGCGGCGGCGGCGGCGGCGGAGGAGGAGGAGGCGUCCCAGCCGGCGCCUGCCGCCAACUCGCAGCCCAAGAAGCCGCGCCGCCGCGGCGUGGUGCUGAGCGACGACGAGUCGGACUAA